AUGUUGAGCGAGAGUAGUGUAGCUUAUAAUAAUAAGCACUCGUUCGUCACUGGUGGCUCGCAAGGUCUAGGGAUAGCGCUAGCCAGUGAGCUAGUGAAUCGCGGGAGCAGUGUAACGAUUUGUGCGCGCAACGAGUCCAAGCUUGCUGCCGCCGUUGCACAAAUCGAGAAACACAGAAGCAAUGACAAUCAAUUCAUACACUACGUUUCUGCCGAUCUGACAAAAUAUACGCAGGCUCUGCACGCUAUAGAAAGAGCCACUGAGUUAGCAUUAGCGACACAGAAGAUGCCACCAUCUCUCUUCUUCGCCUGCGCAGGAUGCUCGACACCCGGCUGGUUUGCAGAGAUGUCCAUUGAGGAAUUCGAGUGGGACAUGCAGGCCAACUACUUCUCCGCAUUGCAUACUGCCAAGGCAGCUACGCAGAAUGUACUCCAGCAUACCACACCACACGCACACAUCACUCUUGUCUCUUCCGUGCUAGGUUUCCCGCUCGGGGUACCUGGAUACUCGGCUUACACGCCCUCCAAACACGCCGUGCGUGGAUUAGGAGAUGCCCUGCGUACGGAACUUCUUCUACAUGAUAUAACCACACACGUUUACUUUCCUGGCACCAUCUACUCCCCCGGCUACGAAAAGGAGAAUCAGACAAAACCUGCGCUGACUAAAAAGAUAGAGGGCGCUGCAGAUGGACUGACGCCGGAGCAGUGUGCACGUGCGCUACUCAAAGGUAUCGACAAGGGGGAGUACCAAAUCACAUCCGAUUUCGUAGGCAGCCUGAUCAAAAAUCUUAGCAGAGGUGCUUCUCCUUCGAACAACCUGCUAAUAGACACCCUGCUUUUUUUCGUAGCUGCAAUUGCAUUUCCCUUCUGGAGAAUUUAUAUGGAUUAUUUGGUGAAAAAGGAGAGGAAAACUAAGACAGCUAAAUAG